UUGAAUACACACAUGUUAAUUUGACAACUCAACAUCAGAAACUGACGAUUUCCACAUUUUGCAUUGUUGCACAUUCUAAAUCGAUAACAGCAGGUAGCUGCCGUUGUGACAGACUCAAAAAAUUAACUGUUUGGUGAAAAUAUGCAGUAAAUAGACAGAUAUUUUGCCUGAAAAGAUCUAAGCAUUUGAAAGAAUUGCAUGAAUUUGUAUCCAGUUGUGUUGAACAAUUAUAAAUCUUUCAGGUUUUGCAAUGGCAGCAAAAGGUACAGAGCUGUCAUUAGAUGUAAAGGGAGAAGAUUAUAUUGAUAGAGUGGAAACAAAAAUAGAGAGUCCAAAAGCAGAAGUUAUCACACCAAAUUCAGAUAAAAUGUUCUCCCUGUCUAUGGAUAAUGAUGAAGGUUCCUCAGUUGACGGACCAUUAGAAAAUGGCCACAGGGCCUGUGAUGACAAUGAACUAAAAGAUGAGUCGUGGAUUGACCAUUGUGAAACAAAAAUCAUUGCUGAUGACCAUCUGAAAUGUUUGAAAGAAAUUCUUACAAGUUCUGUUGCAAGGACAAUAAAAAAUGACAAGAUUGAUGAUGAAAGCAAGGAUAUGUUUGAUUCUAAAAAGAGCAAAGGAGUAGGAAGUUAUGAAAUUACUAGUGCAACUUCUUUCUUUUUGUUCAAUACUAAGAAUUCCAAAAAAUCAACUGAAAAAAGAGAUGUGAAUACCAGUCCUGUCAAAGUCAAGGAAAAACAAGUGUCAAUGUUGUAUCAAAUGGGAGUUGAAGCCAUUGGUAAACCAUUAGAACCAAAAAAUCAUGAAGAAUAUCCCCUACAGCUGGCAGACGAUGAUAGUUCUUUACGGAAUGCUGCACUGGCAACUGAAGACUCACGGUCAGCAAUUGCAAAGGCAGGAUGGGCUUCAAUUAGACAGGAAUCAGGAGAGUUAGAAAAUUAUCUACUUGAAGAAGAUGAUGAUGAAAAUGUCAUCAUACAUCUUGGGUCAGAGUUCGAUCAAGAUACAAUAGAUAAUGGCAAAAAUGAAGUUAUGGCCACAGUUGAUUUCAAAGACCAGUAUAAAGGGACAAGACAGACAUGUCCAUCAUCUACAACUGUUCUUCCUGGAGGAAGAAAGUUAGAUAAAAAGAAUUUUGCAGAAGAAGAAGAUACAAGAUUAAAUGAUUCAGAAGAAAAUAAAACUUACACAUCAGAUAAAUUGUCCCAGCUAGAAAAUGUAUUAAGUAACAUGAGCCAGGAAGAUUCACUUCAAAUGGUGAAACAAGAACAGCGAGCCAGUUCAGUGGAAAAACAUGCAUAUAAAACACAAGUAUCUGCUGAAAGUAAAAAUUUGAACAUGAAAAACUCAGACCUUGAAAAUAUUGCUACAGAAGAUAAAACUUUCCAAGCAAAAGACAAUAGAAUUCAUACUGUAGAAUUUGGAAAAUCAGUUCAAAUAUGUCCAAGUCAAGUUUUAAGUAAGGAGGUUCAAAUAUGUCCAAGUCAAGUUUUAAGUCAGGACGUUCAAACAAAUAUAGGGGAAAUUUGUGAAUCACAGUCCCAAGAACAUUUAACUGAUGAGAAAAUUACCAGACAACAGACAGAACAGUUAAAUUUAUCUCCAUCCAUUGCAACAAAUGCUCAAGAUCAUUCUAAACAGUUUGAAAGUUUACAAGACACUAAAGUAUCAAAUAAAAAGGAUUCAAUGCCACAGAUGAAACAAAUAGAAGUAGAGAGAAAGUUUAGAAUAUUUAGUGACUGCAGACAGAAGUUAAUGGACAUGGGUGCCGUGAUGGCAAAAGAGAAUAAAUUUUCUGAUAAAUAUUUUGAUGAUAUUAGGUAUAAAAUGACCCUUUCAGACAGUUGGCUAAGACAAAGAAAUGGUAGAUGGGAAUUCAAGAUUCCUCCACGUCAUAUGAGUAAGAAAGAUUCUUCACCCCAACUUUUAGAAAUUACAUCAGAAACAGAAAUAAUGAAGCACUUAUGUAAGUUAUAUAAUUAUAGCAAGUCUGUUGAGGAUAUAACAUUGGACCAGUUGAUGAAUGAACUAAGUCUAGAUAUUUUUGCUACAUUUACAACAAUCAGGCAGACAUACUAUCUACCCAACUGUACUGUAGAACUAGACAUAGCUGAUUUUGGAUUUGAAGUUGGUGAAAUUGAAGUUGUGGUUAGUGAUGAGUCCAGAAUUACAGAUGCUCUCAACAUCAUUGAUGAAGUAGCCAAAAAAUUAGAGUUGAAACCAUUUAAACUGAUGUAAAGUUACAGGUGUUCUCUCAAAGGACAGAUUCCCAGGAAAGUAGAUACCUUUCUGCAGUCUAUCCCUGAACAUUUUAACACCUUGAAAAAUGCUAGAAUAUUUUUACUGUCUGCUUACUUUUCAAUGAUAUGUUGUAUAAAUUAUUCUACCUGUCAUGGAAAAAACUUGCCUUGUAUAUCUAUAUGGAUGUUACAUGUCUUAAAAGUGCUGUGGAUUUUCUAGGGUACUAAUUAUCAUGGAUUCUGGGAAUUUAUAUUGUUGUGGAAACUUAAUUAUAAAGUUUCACACAAGUUAACAGACUAUUAAGUAAUUUGUAUUUUGUUGAAUAUUUAAAUUUGUGGUUCACCUGAAUCGACAAAAUCCACAGUAUCUGCUUAUAUUGUACUGUUGCUUAUGAAAUCUAUGUGUUGCCACUGUUACAGAUGAUAAUAAUGUUGAGUUUAUUGCAUUUGUUCAUGAUGUUUUGUAUUUGUCCUUGCUUUGAUUGGAAUGUUUUUCCUAUGUACUUACAAUGACCAGUGAUGUGUUUUUUCCUGGUUUUACAAAUACCGGUGUAUUGCAUGUAUUAUAACCAUGCACUAAAAUCAAUUUAUAUUGUAUCAAAUGCUGAAAAUUGUAAUUUCAAAGAAAUUAUGUUUCCCAUGCAAAGUUAUUGAUAAUUUUAUUUGGUUUCUCUUUUUGUCUUGGUUAUCAAAACUCAUUGGGAGCUUGUGACUAGAUGGAAAAAAAUGUAUCUUUGUGAUGGGACUUUUGCCUGACUUUUGAACUAGUGAUAAGAAAAUUAUAUAGAUAAAAAAAAUGUAUCUUUGUGAUGGUACUUUUGCCUGACUUUUGAUAGUUGGUCUUGUUGAAACUUAACCUAUUUAUAUAAUGCAGCAUUAAACAACAAUCAAUCAAUUAAUCUUCAUUCCCAAAGUUAUUACUGUGACUUGACUGAAAGUGUUUUGCAGUUCUUCAAAAUUGGGACUCAAUUGGAAUUUGUUUUAUCAAACCAAACUUGAUAUUUUGACAUAAUUAAGAGCUUUAAAAAAAAAACACCUAAAAAUUUGAAGUCUGCUGUUAUUUUACUGUCAAAUAUUAUUUCAAAACUAGAUUGACAACUUUUAUAAUGAACUACAUUAAUUUGGGUUUAAUAUGAUAAUAUACUUUAAAAAUAAAUACCUAGAUAACCAGAAGAAUUUUUUUUUUAAUUGGGUACAGAUUUUAAUUUAGAUUAUACUUGCGUUACAUAUUAUGUUUAUAAUAGCUAUUAAAUUUUGUAUUCAUUUACAAAGAAUAUAAGUAUUAGAUGGAGCUAUGAAAAUGAUGAUAAGUUCAGUUUCUAUAUAUGGAAUUUCAAAUUAAGUAUAAAAGUUUAAAAAAAAAUAAAUGAAUAUCUUGUUAAUAAUAAAUAUAUCUUUGUUACCCGUUUUUUAUGCCCCACCUUGGGGCAUUAUGUUUUUUCGUUCUGUGCGUCCGUUUGUCCGUCCAUUCGUCCGUCUGUCCCACUUCAGGUUAAAGUUUUUGGUCUAGGUAGUUUUUGAUGAAGUUGAAGUCCAAUCAACUUGAAACUUAGUACACAUGUUCCCUGUGAUAUGAUCUUUCUAAUUUUAAUGCCAAAUUAGAGUUUUAAAGGCCAAUUUCACGGUCCGUCUUGUUUUUUCCAAAGUUAAGGAUAUGAUAUCAUUUUCUUUUUCUUUUAAUGAUAUGCCAUUAUGUAUGUAGUUCAUUGUCUAAAUGUUUAAAAAUACACUUCUGUUUUUCUGCUUUUCCUUGUCAUCUGUCAAACAAAUUUUUUUUUCAAAGUAUGACCUUAUUGUCUUUGGUUACAUUUUAUACCAAAGUUCAUGCCUUGGGUAUUAUAAAAAAAAAUGAAAUGGAAGAUAAUCCAAACUUAAGAAAGGGGUGUGAUAUAGUGGGUAUAUCAGAAUUUAAGAUAUAGACCUGUCAUUGUGACUAUAUUUUAUGUUCAUAUUUUGUUUAUAGUUCAAUUAUGGUGUUCUUAAUGAUUUACUGUAUGUAAAGUGUGUGAAGAUGCAUCUAUAGCAAUGUUUCACCAUAUUGUAUUGUAUCAAAACUGGAAUAUUUCAAACUUUGUAAUAAUAAAUUUCCAAUAAUAUUAAUGUUGUAAUUCAAUAAUUAUUACACUUAUUCAGUUUAUAAGUGACAUUUAUUUUGUAUUGACUACUCAUCAUUGUCUCGUACACAGUAUUAUAUUAGAGUACAUUGCUUAGUUGCACCAUGUGUCCAAAGUAUUGUGAAAGUUUCUGACUGAAUAUAUUUACCGGUACUUGAAAGUGUUUAAAGUUAAGUUUGCUAGGUGGGCCAUAAAUGCAAAAUUUCCUUUAUCUUUUGCUUACUGAAUAAACAAAAGUUAUAACUAGCUAAUCAAUGGUUAAGAAAAGAUUGACUGAAGAACCAGUUUGACCAAUUUGUUUCUAUAUUUACAAUAGCUCAAUAAAAAAUUCAUGAUUCACCUUACAGACAAGCUGACUUAACUUUUCUUCACAAAGUACCCACUCAAAUGGUUAAGAUGUAAACUGACUAAACUUAGUUAUUGUUAUAGUAACAGAGACUGUACUGUUGUGUAGUUUUUAACGUGGUGCUUUUAUAAUUUUUGUUAUGCUUUUAUAGAUCUUGGUUUAUGAUUAUUAUAAUUUAACAGGGUAAUUAUUAUGUCUUAUGUAUUAUCAGGAGUAUGUAGGUUUUGUUCCAUAGAAAAUAUAAUUUGUGAUAUGUUUGUUGUGUGAAUAAAAGAUAUAAUAAUUAAUGCCAAGAAAUUCUGUCCUGGUGAAGUUUCUCAUUUGAUAGUUCUUCUAACAAUGAAUCCUUUUAGAACCAAAUAACAGAUGGCACAAACUUUUUUUUUCUUAACGUUGUAUCUAUGCUUUUAAUUGAACUGCUUGGCCAACUUUUUGUAAAGUCAAGUUUGUGUUACAGAAAACUAAUUUUUGAAAUCUUAAGUAAUAAAAAAAUCACAUACUCUGAAUUUAUUUAAUAUGAAGUGCUUUUCUAGGCUAAAUUUUACAGGUAUCAGAGACACUCAAAGCUAAAAGUUAAAAAAACAAAUGACCUUUAAAGUUGGCAAAACUGGCUUAGCUCAUCUUUAAAAUAACCCAAAUCUGAGGUUCAAGUUGACCUAAGACCAAGUUGGCUGUCCUGCAUAUGACUGAUUAGGUUUUGUUGCACUUAAAUCACUGUGAUGUAGCCUUUUUAUGCUGAUGUGGUGUAAGGCAAUCACCAAUCAUCAUCUUAAAUGUUUAUUUAAUUGACUUCAUUCAUUCAAGUUUUGUUUUGGAGAAUACCUGACAAAAUUUUUCUGGAAACAUAUGUUGUUAUCUCUGUAUUAAUCAGAUUUAAAGAUUAUUUAGAUAACCUUUUUUCUUUUCAUUAUUUUAUCCAAAAUUUAUUAAUUUUUUGUCAUUCUGCAGACUAAAAAAACAGCUAGUUUUAGAUUUAGUUUUUUUUUUUUCAUUUGAACUUAUUGGGAAUAAUGUACUAAAAUCAUCUUUUAACACCAUGACGAGCUAUUAAAGUCAUAUGAAACUUCAAAUUUAAAAGAAAAGUUGAAUAUGUUUUAUAUACUUGUAUGGCUAAGUUUUACUAUAAAACAAGUGUUUGUGAACCUUCUUGUAAAAAAAAAUCCUUUAUAUUAUCAAAAUCUGCAUAAAUGUACUGCUAUUGAAUUAUUGUUUUCCCGCACUAAAAUUCAUCGACUUUUCCAGUAUGCAGUGACCUUUACUAUGAGACCUCUGGUUAGAAUUAGGAUGGCCCAAGUGCAAGAGGGGAAAACCGUUAUGAAAAAAUGUAGCGAAAGUACACUGGAAGGUAAAUAGUAAAAACUGUUUCUUAAAGAACAACUUAAAUAACCAAAUCAUUUAACAACUGUUAAGGAAAAGUUAGAUUAACAAAUGGGAAUGCAUGGAAAAAAUUAUCAUGGCUCUCACUUAUUUUUCAUGUGCUUGACAUGCUCUACUCUAUGUUGAUCGUUUAUUAAUGUCACAAUCCCGUAAACUUGGGCAACAAACUUAAGUAAGUUAAGUAGCUUACGAUCAACAAUCACUGAAUGAAAUAUUAUUUGUCGAUAAUACGCUAUAGAUUCAUAAUAAAUGGGGAAAAAAAUGUGCAUACAAGACUUAGUUUAGUAUUUAUGCAUGCAUUGGUUCAAUAGUUUCUAUAAAAUUAUAAUAACAAGAAACUUGUUUCAUAUGACUUUAAAUUUAACUUACUUUUGACAAUUCCAUUGGAGGUAUAUGUGCUGAUCAGUCAGCCUUUUUUGUAGGAUUGAUUGAUUGAUUACUGAUUUAACAUCACAUCAGUGUGAAAUGCCUAUAUUGCUACAAGAGCCCUUACUAAUAUUCAAGCACAAUUUUAAAAUCAGAAAAAAGAUCCAUCAUUUAAAACUGUUGUUUAGGAUGAUAUUAAGUAUAUAUAUAGAUAAAAUUCAUUUCUAAAAUCAGGUGCUAAAUCUAUAGAAAAAAUAUUUAGAUAUACAUUUAUAUUUGGCAUAUAUUCCAAUAUCUAUUAAAAAUUAUAUCCAAUUUUGAAUUGAAGCAUCCAAAACAAUGAAUAUAUAUAUAUAUAUAUAUAUAUAAAAUUCCUUUUGGAUAUCAAUAAAAUCUUUACAUGUAAAACAAAUAUGUUUAAUGGUAUACUUGCAAUUGCAAAGUAUACAUACCAGUUGCAGGUUAUUUUUAAAAAAGAUAUGUGUGUGUUAUUCUAGUAUUAUGUCCGAUUCAGCAACUAGAAAUAACACACUGCAUAACAUUGUUCUACUAACAUGUAAAAAACUGUUUUCUACUGUUUAUUAAAUCAUUCAAAGUUUUUUUUUGCAUGAUUGUUAUUUAUAUGUAGAAAGUUUACUUCAAUUAUGUUUGCCCUUGUAGAGUGAUUGCCACACUCUAUAAAUGCAUGAUGAAAAAAAACCUUUUAAAAAACUCAGUUUAAAAAAAUAAGUAUGUGACAUGUUGAAAGGCAAAAUUUCUACCCCUAUCUAAUAUACCAGUAUAAAUUUCCCGCCUUUAUUCAAAACUUUCAUAUUGUAUAUACAUGAAAUAUAUGGCACUGGACAUUAAGCAAUCAAAAAUCAACCAAUCAAUUAUUUUUCCAUAUAUCUAAAACAAUGUAUUUUGAGAGGUCUGAUGUAUUGUAUAUCACAAUCAGAAUCUUUUGAGGCAUUAUAUGUGGUCACUGUGCAUAAUAAUUAGCAUAAUAAAGUCUUGUUAGAAUCUAAAGCAAAACAAAUAUAUAUAUUUUAUAAUUUUUAGUAGAUUAAAUCAUUUUAAACUAGUUUUGAAAGCAAAUGAUUGAAAGAAUCGUUAAAGACAAAAAAAAUUGUUAACAAUAUAUUGAUUUGUUAUUGCUAUGUGAAAUUUAAUCGUCCAAAAUAUAUAACUGAUGUUAGCUUCAUUUUACUUUGCUUCCAUAUGCAUAAUAGCUGUAUUAUUUAGUUAUUUUUAAGUGCAAUUGAACUGUCUGAAUACUAUAUAGUUUGUGGUUUUUUUUUUUUUUUGCUUUCAUCUGUUGUAUUUUCUGUCAAUAUUGUUAUAUACAAUAGUUAUUUAUAAUGAGGGACAUACCCAUAUAAAUAAAGACUGUCCAAGCAUGGAGAUACCAGUUUUGUUUAGCCUUAAUCUCAGGCUUUAUCUUUCUGCAGUCUUUACAUACCAGUAGCUAGAAAUGACCAAUGGGUGUUUGCAUUUUAUUGAAGAUUCAGCUAAUUAAAAGUUUUUUACAUUCUUUUUUUGUUCUUUCAAUUAUAAAAGCCUCCAAAAAAGGGAAUUUGAUGCUUGACAGUAAAAACAUUACUAUCCUCAUUUAUGUAUGUACAAAAAGGUUUAUUAUCCAGAGAAGAUUGAGUUUAUAGGAAACAGAAAAAAACUCAGAUAUUACCUUAUUUCAUAUAUUAUUGCUUUUAUGCUUUUGGUGCUUUUUUUUAAUGACUGUGAUAUUAACUAACUGGUCUUCGUUGUCAGCAAUUUUUUUGUUGCAAAAGUAGUAUUUUUAAUUAUAUAUGUUGAUUUAAAUAUUGAAGUUCAUUUACAAGUUGUUGCUUCAAAUUAUUAUAUCCAUUGUUAUUUAUAUAUUUUGUAAUUUGAUUAAUCAAUGUUUAAGCUGUAUUGCUUCAAUAUUUCAUAUUUCUUGUUAUAAAAGCAUAUUAUGGAUCAUUAUGCGAGUGUUUAAAGAAUCCCAAACAAUUAGCACAGUUUUUUGGCAUUAUAUUGGAAUCAUAAGUAAAAAAUGUUAUACACAGUUUUUUUGGCAUUAUAUUGGAAUCAUAAGUAAAAAAUGUUAUACACAUUUUUCGUCUUGCCUUGACAGAGUCAAAAAGCGAGACAUAGGUAUGCUGUGUCCGGCGUUGUCAACAAUGUACUAGUAUGUGAUUAGGUCUAGUUUAUGGUGAACCACUAGUGUUAGGUCAAUGAUAUUUGGUAUGCAGUUGUAUUAGCAUUGGCACAUCUUAUUACCACGGAGAUUAUUUGGCCCCACCCCCUCAGUCAUGGUCUAUUGACUUUUAAACUUUGCUUAGUUUACAUGUAUUAGUUUGUGAUUAGGUCAGUUUAUGGGGAACCACUAGUGGUAGGUCAAUGAUAUUUGGUAUGCAGUUGUAUAAGCAUUGGCAUAUCUCAUUUCCAUGGAUAUUUUUUGGCCCCGCCCCCUCAGUCAUGGUCUAUUGCAUACCUGCCAACUUUUCAAAAUCUCCAUGGGGGAUUUUAAGCGCAAGAGAACAUAAUGCUCCUCUUAUAUUGUCAUAAGUGUUUUUAAUCUACUACUAUAUUGUUUGAAUGAAUAUGUAUGUGCUUAAAUACCCUUGUAAUUCAUUUGAAUGCCUGUUUUGAGAUGUUCAGUUUAUAUAAUAAAGAAUUUCAAAAUUCAGGUCAACACCUCUCAAGGGGGAUAUCCUGCAUAAAUCGGGAUAGUUGGCAGGUCUGCUAUUGACUUUGAAACUUUUGCUUAGUUUACAUGUAUUAGUUUGUGAUUAGGUCAGUUUAUGGGGAACCACUAGUGGUAGGUCAAUGAUAUUUGGUUUGCAGUUGUAUAAACAUUGGCAUAUCUCAUUUCCAUGGAGAUUAUUUGGCCCCUCCCCCUCAGUCAUGGUCUAUUAACUUUGAAACUUUUGCUUCGUUUACAUGUAUUAGUUUGUGAUUAGGUCAGUUUAAGAUGAACCACUAAUGUUAAGUCAAUGAUAUUUGGUAUGCAAAUGUAUUGGCAUUUGCAAGUUUCAUUUCCAUGGAGAUUAUAUAACCCCCACACCCUCAUUAUGGUUCAUUGACUUUGAAACUUUUACGUUUACAAGUUAAUGUUUGUGUUGUUUAAAGGGAACGACUUUUGAGGUUUCAGUGGUAUUUGGUAUACAGUUGUAUUAGUAUUGGCACAUCUCAUUUCCAUGGAGAUUGUUUAGCCCUGUACCUUCAGUCAUGGUUCAUUGACUUUGAAUAUUUGCAUAACUUACAUAUUAAAAAAGUAUUGCUAUUUUAAUUUCAACAUUUGCAUUAUCAAAAUAACAAAUAGGCGAGACAUAUCUCUGUGUUAACAGGUUUAUUUACAUGUUCAUUUUGCCUUUCACUCACAGAGUUAACAGAAAGUUCGGUUUGUGAAUGAGUGGGUCAUGUUUAUGCAUCAAUAAACUCCUUCAGAUCAUCCAUUGUUACUGUAAGAACAACGUGAACAUGCAUGAAAUAUUUGGCACUGGACAUUAAGCAACCAACAAUCAAUCAAUGUAAUGACAACAGUUUGAGGAAAGCAUGGAUAAAUGUUUAAAUUCAAGACAAUCUUUCACAAUAUUUACGGUGACAGUGUAGUCAUUUGUAACCUAAUUAACCUUAUUAUGAUUGUACUGAUAAUGAUAAUGCUGAACCAUAUGUUUGAUCUCCUAGCUUGUAAAGAAAUGGUCAACAGGAAGACAUUUCACCUCACAUGGACACACAACCUAGAGUUGACCCAUUUUAGUUCUAAAUAAUGCAUGCUUAUCAAUGAAGCAGCAAAUACCAAUUUCAAUGUUGCUUUAAUUCAGCAUUUGAUCAAACCCACAAAUCGCUAGUAUUUAAAGAAUGCAUUCUACAGCUAGACACUAGAAGCAUUUUGGCAUUGUUUGAAAGGUCUGCUUCCUCAAAUUUUGUAAUUUGUUAAUAGAGCCAAGAACAUCAAAUCUGUUUAUAAAAUCUAAAUCUUCUCAACACACAUGUUUUUUUCUGUUUGUUCUUGCAUUAUGUUACCCAGAUCUCUUGUAAUGUUAUAUCAUAUUAUUGCCAUUGUAUAUUGUUAUAGCAGCCUGUAUGUAAUAAAGCAUUUAAAUACUG